AUGGCGGCGGCCGCGCGCCUCCUCGCGCGAAUCUCCAAGCGGGGCGUCGCCUCUGUGGCGCUGGCGGGGGUGGCGAGGCGCCGGCCGGAGGCGGCGUCGCUCCUGGGGGCGAUUGUGCUGGCGGCGGUGGAGCCCUGCGCUUCGAUCAAGAGGUUUAGGUUUUUAACUUCAGCCCCCCAUCAAGAUGAUAAGGAGACAAACAAACACACAGAUGAUGGGGUUAAUAAAAGCGUUGGAGUGAGUACUGAAGCUUCAAGUGAAGCCAAUAAUGUGCCUGGAACCGAGAAGGCACAGGAAGCAGAUUCAGAAGAUCUAGACCUAUCAAAGGUGGACCUUGUUAAGCUGCUUCUUGAGAAAGACGAAUCACUGAAGUCUAAAGAUGAAGAGUUUAAAGAUAUGAAGGAUAAGGUCCUACGCAGCUAUGCUGAGAUGGAGAAUGUCCUUGCCAGAACAAAGCGUGAGUCAGAGAACACCAAGAAGUAUGCCAUACAGAGCUUCUCCAAGAGCUUAUUAGAUGUUGCAGACAAUUUGUCUCGGGCGUCAUCAGUUGUCAAGGAAAGUUUCUCAAAGAUAGAUUCAUCUAACAAUUCUGAUGAAGCUGUACCACUACUGAAAACCCUACUAGAGGGUGUUGAGAUGACUGAGAAGCAACUUGGAGAGGUCUUCAAGAAGUUUGGAGUUGAAAAGUUUGAUCCUUUAAAUGAGAAGUUUGAUCCAAACAGGCACUAUGCCUUUUUCCAAAUUCAUGAUCCUUCAAAACCGUCGGGGACUGUUGCUGCUGUUGUGAAGGUUGGCUACAUGUUACAUGAUCGUGUUCUUCGCCCCGCUGAAGUCGGUGUCACUGAAGGUGGUCCAACUGAAGAAGAGCCAGAGGAGAAAUCUAGCUAA